AUGAACUUAGUUACAACUGUAAUUGCUAUUACCUCCGCACUAGCCAUUGUCUUGGCCUUAGUUUCUUUCUGACUUCCUCAAAUAACACCAGAUCAUGAAAAGCUUUCCCCCUACGAAUGCGGCUUUGACCCCUUAGGCUCUGCCCGUUUGCCAUUCUCCCUUCGCUUUUUUCUUGUUGCUAUUCUUUUUCUUCUCUUUGACCUAGAAAUUGCCCUUCUCCUACCCCUGCCUUGAGGCGACCAACUUGCAACCCCCUUAAUAACCUUUUUAUGAGCUUCAGCCGUUCUGGCUUUACUAACCCUAGGCCUAAUCUAUGAGUGACUCCAAGGCGGCUUAGAGUGGGCUGAAU